UUUGCGAAUUGUUUGAAAAAUAACAGUCACACAAAUCCCUCCGUUGUAAUAACAACUACAUCACUUUUUAAACACCUUAAAACAGUUUCUAUUUUUUUCUUCAACCAUCCCCCAAACUAACUUACACCCACCAAAAUGUUCAAAAUUUUGCUUGUACUUUCAGUGAUCGCUUUCGCUUGCGCCGCACCCGGUGUUGUGGUAGCACCCGCAGUACCCAUUGCACCCAUCCACACAGGCGCACACGCCGUGCACUCUCACGUAAUUCAUCAUCCCGUGCCAGUGAAGACCGUUGUCACACCAGUCGUUGCCAAGCACGUGGUACCCAUAGUGCCGGUCGUAAAGCCAGUAGUGCCUGUAGUUCCAGUCCAUCAUGCCCAUCCGGCCGUCGUUGUGCAUCACUAAGCGUCGGCGGCGUUGCACAAAUAUUAUAAGCGUACAACUGUUCGCCCACCCGCCAAUAUGACCGAGAAUGAUGAAGAUAUGGAUGAUGAUGAUCAGUGAAUGGACUUUACCCACACAAUUUAAUCGAAAGCAAUGCGUUGAAAGUAUAUGGACUACAAGCGACCUCCUACAUCACCUACCCUACUGUCCCACCUUAUUUUCCUACUUACUUUACUAUUGACUAUUCUUGUACUCUUCUCUCUACGAUACCCCCAAAAAUUAGUUAAAUACAAAAAAGCAAAAAAAAAACAAA